AUGUCCACAACAGCAACCCUCAAAUACUCCCUCCUCCUCACGGGCCUCCUCACCGGCCUCGCCGCCGCGACCCUCACAGCCCAACGCGCCGCCGUGCGAAUAGGCCCCGCCAUCGCCGACCGAUACCUGGCCUUCGACGACAGCGCGCGGGACAAACCCCUCUCGGAAGCGGACGCGGCGAGGCAGAGGAAGUGGCGACGGGCGAUGAUCCGGCAGCAGAUUAGGAAUGAGUUGCAGAUCAGUAAUGCAAAGCAUACCAUGACCCGCUAG